CGCUACAACAAUAUCGAUAUAAUUCCGCUUGGUCUCCCCAACCUAUUCUUGAUUUGCCGCUCGGCGCAUUACAUUAUGAAGGCGGUUCUUCAACGAGUCAAGUCCGCCUCAGUAACUGUCGAUGGACAACUAGUGUCGUCGAUUGGCCAGGGGCUGCUUGUGCUCGCGGGCGUGGGUAAGGAAGACACGGAGAAAGACGCCGAUACGAUGGUUGGGCGGAUAUUGAAAGCCAAGCUCUGGUCCGACGACAAUCAGAAACAGUGGAAGAAGAACGUCCAGGAUAUCGACGGGGAAGUGCUAUGUGUGUCCCAGUUCACACUUUAUGGCGAGUUGAAGAAAGGAAGCAAACCCGAUUUUCACGCUGCGGCCGAUGUGGAGACCGCGCGCAAACUCUACGACUACUUCUUUCAGAAGCUGAGCAAUAGCUACAAGCCCGAGCGGGUGAAGAAUGGCAUCUUCCAGGCGAUGAUGGAGGUCGAGCUGAAGAACGAUGGGCCGGUGGGUGUAGAUUACCGCAGUGAAGAUGCGGUGGUUACGAUCGAAAUCAACACUCAAUUACCGAAGAAGGAGAAGAAGAACCAGGGGGAGGCCGAGCCACAAGAAACGCGGCCACAGACAUUUGAAUUCCAGAUACCCGCGGAGUUGUUAGAUUGA